AUGAUCCACCUGGCUUCACAGCAAAAGGAUGAGGAUGGAGAGACGGAACCUGGGCUGGUCUUCUGGGCUUACUCUUUGACACCGCCGCUGUCUGCAUCAGUCUAUCCUGUAUCAGGCUUUGUCAAACGAGCUAUUGAAUUCUCCUAUGCUUUUAGCGUUAAGAAGACAGAGCAGUUAUCUGAAAUGACUGAAGUGAAAAUCUUAACUCAAACUGUGAUGCCUUGUCAACCAAAACAGCAUGAAUCAGAAGCAAAAAAAGAAAGGAUCAAAUACAGCAGAGAUUUCCUUCUGAAACUUUCAAGUGUUUCUCUCUCUCAGAAGAAGCCAGAGUUUCUUCCUGAUCAUCCAAUUGUACUUGAAAAGCCAGAAAAGAGCAACCCUUGUAUUGACAUAUGCAAGAAGUGA